UAAUCACAACAUAAACAAUAAUAAUAAUAAUAAUAAUCACAACAUUAAUAAUAAUAAUAGUGGAAUCCCAUAUAUUGUGAAACUGUGACAGUUAUCAAACUAAAAUUAAACGUGCAUGAUGAUACAACCUCUAAGGCCUCAACAUAAAAAAUAAAAAAACUUAUUAAACAAUUAAAAUGGAUAAUAACCGCUUUAAUUAUGUACAUCUCUCAUUUUAUUACAUUUUGACGUAUAUAAAUAAAAAAAUAUUAUAUUUUUGUGUAUUUGGAAAGUGUUAUUUGGAGUAUAUGGAUCGUUUUACGGGGGGAAAGAAGAAACCCUCACUUUGAGAACACUUACAUCUGCACUCAUCUGGUUUGUUUUCCUUGAUAAAGAACUUAAAGGAAUCAGUUUUGGGCAAUCAGAUAAAUGAUUUUUAUCAGACUAAUUAUUUCAGACUUUAACGUAAUGUUUAAAGGCUCAUUAUUCCAAACUUGCACCUUUUGGGGAUUUAGUUAUAGCUUCCUGAAUGACUGUUGACCUUCAAAGCCUAACAUGUGUUCAUGUGUUGGUUGUAUUUGCUGCCAUUUUACUUAUUAAGACUAAUAAUGAAGUAUUCCAGAAUAAACUGUGACAGUUUCAGACACUGUAGCAGAGUGUUAAAACUCAACCACAUGAACAUAACGAAGCAACUAAAUGACAUAGAACUUGCCUGUGUGUGUGUGUGUGUGUGUGUGUGUGUGCGUGUGUUAUUUGCACAUUGUGUCACCAUCACUGUGCCUGUGUGUAUUGGGAGAGGGCACGGCACAAGGCAGGGCGUUGUGUCCUUACCAGCAGCCCCAGACACUUGGAACAAAAGCUCUGUUGUUGGAAGAUCAUGUGACUGUGUGUGUGUGUGGGUGUGUGUGUGGGUGUGUGUGUGAGUGUGUGUGUGUCCACCCUUGUCAUGUGAUCUGAGUUUAGGGCAGGGUCUGAGAAGAAGUGCUGACUGGCUCUCAGAGGUUCCUUCCACCCAGGGAACAGGCAGGCAGCAAGCAUGCAUGCAGAGAUAAGAGAUGGACGUACCAGACGGAGGAGGAGAUGUGAGAGAGAGAGGGAGAGAGGGAAAGAGAGAGAGAGAGAGAGAGACCGGUGCAGAAAGAAGUCCCGUUGCUUUCUCUUCACGAGGUUCUCCUUCUCCUCGUCUCUUUGUGGAUUUGUAAACGGCAGCCAAGUAAAGAUGCAAGUCUGCAACUUUUCUACAAGGGGCCUUUAUCCACCGAGCUGGUGGGAGUCCACCAGACGGAGGUGCUGCCCAUCCCCCGAGGAGCAUGAGUCAUGACCUCGGUGGUGCUGGUCGACACCGGCGGGACGGCGGUGGAGUACGUCACGUUGGAAGAGGGGGACUCCCAGCAGGUGGGCCGACACCAGAGUACCACCGCAGUUCACCUCGCCCUCCUUUUUCUUGGAAACUCGCAACUCUUUCGUCCCCCCCCCACUCUGCAGGAGGAGGGCGAGUGUGAGCUGGACCUGGAGUUCGAGGGAGAGGUAGAAGGCGAAUGCGAAGCCGAGGAGGAGGAGGAGGAGGAGGAGUAUGGAGAAGCGCAGGAGGCCGAGCGCUACCCGGCGGUCGUGGUGGAGGAGGUGCCCGGAGCCGGGCUGGCCGACGAGCGAGGUUACCUGGCCCGGGUGUUCGUGUGUAACGACGAGGCGUACCUGAUGCAGGAAGUAGGCGACGAGCAGGAGGUGGAGACCGGAGGGGAGGCAGUGGAGGCUUCUGUCCACGGCACCAGUCUCCACUGCUCUGACAAGACCUUCGAGGCGGCAGAGGCUCUGCUGCGCAUGGAUUCACCUUCCAGCCUCAGAGGGGACCGCAGCCCAGACGUUUUCAUCCCGCCCUACAUGGUGACGCCAGACUUCCUCCACGCAGCCAUGCGCCCCGACAUGAUUUCAGCAACGGAGGUCGAGAUAUCGACGGAGGAGUGCUGCGAGGAGGAGGAGGAUGAAGAGGAGGAGGAGGAGGAGGAAGAAGAUGAUGAUGAGGAGAUGGUCACUUUGCAUGAAGAACCAGAGCCAGGCCACCAGCCCGUCAGGAAGAGGAGAGCCGGACGGAAGCCGAAGACGCACCAGUCCGUGUCCGACGGCUCCCCGGACCUCGGCAUCAAGAGGAAACCCAGAGAAGGGAAAGUGGGCAGCACCACCUACCUGUGGGAGUUCCUGUUGGACCUGCUGCAGGACAAGAGCACGUGUCCCCGGUACAUCAAGUGGACGCAGCGGGAGAAAGGCAUCUUCAAGCUGGUGGACUCGAAGGCCGUGUCCAAGCUGUGGGGGAAGCACAAGAACAAGCCGGACAUGAACUACGAGACCAUGGGCCGGGCGCUCAGAUAUUACUACCAGCGUGGCAUCCUGGCCAAGGUGGAGGGCCAGCGGCUGGUUUACCAGUUCAAAGACAUGCCCAAAAACAUCGUGAUCAUCGACGACGACAAGGCGGAUGUGCCGCCGCCGCCGCCCUGCACCCGCCACGGCGACCCGAUCGGCUCGGAGGCCGUCGCGUCCUACGAGCGCGUGCCGACGCCAUCGUCCGACGCGCCGCCGCCCGCCGAGCUGUCGCUCUCCAAGAAGCCCAACAUCUUGCGGGGCGGCAACCGCGCCUCCGCGCUCCACGCCACGGGCAGCAAAGCGGCGGCGGGAGGCGGGGCGGCGGCGGCGAUGAUGGCGGGGCUACCGAGGAUAGUGUCCGUCUCGGCAGCGCUGGACGGGAGUCGGCAGUCGCACACGGCGAUCAUCCCGACUGCCAGCGGGCCCAGGACGGUGCGACUGGCCAUGCAGGUGCCGGUCGUCAUGACGACGUCACUGAGUCAGAAGAUCUCCACCGUCGCCGUGCACCAGCCGACGGGGGCGACCGGCCACACGACCCUCCUCGCCAACGCCGGGAACAACGGCUCGCAACAGAAGGUUGUGAUCCAGACCAUCCCCACCAUGGUGCCGGCUACCGCCGAGAACGGGGACAAGAUCACGGUCCAGCUGGCGAAGAUCAUCACCAUCCCGGCCCACCAGCUGGCUCAGUGCCACCUCCAAACCUCCACGGGCGCCAACAAGUUCUGCUCGCCGGCCGGCCUCAGCCUCCUGCGCAGCCCGCUGACGGUCCGCGCUCUGACGCCCGUCAACGUCGUCGCCCCGGGAACGCAGGUGAUGAGGCUCACGCUGCCGACGCAGGCGCAGCAACAGACUCUGGUGGUGACGCAGGCGGGCGGCGGCGCGGUCACCGUGUCGACGGCGCCCCAGGCGAUGACGGCGCACCCGCGGAUCCUGAGCGGCAUCAUCAACGGCUCGGAGCUGGUGAUCGGAGGCGCGGCGGCGGUGGAGAAGCUGAAGGCGGCGGGGGUCCAGGUCCAGACCGUGCAGCUGGCGGUCCACCAGCAGGGCGCCAACGCGGUCCAAUCGGGCGCCCCGGACGCCGAGGUGGUCGUCAAACUGGAAGCGCCCGACGUGAAGAUCGAGCCCGAGUGUUGAGUCGCUCUCCACCAGCAGCGGUCUGAGAGACUAAAGACUCCCGGGAGGCCCGCUUUUUAAAGUUUUUUUAUUUUUUACAUCUUCUUUGUUGCUAUUUAGAACUUUUACUGAUCCAAGCCCGGUCCUCCAGAACCACACUGAAACCUCAGAGGGACCAACCUCCAUCACUACAACGCACGCUUUCUGAACGGAUGACGAAAACAACCCUAAAUACAAACAAACAAAAAACGCUGAAACACUAAAAAAAUGAGGCAAAUUCUAGAGAAAUACACAACGAGUGUGUAGCGAAACUUUUGUAGAGACCGUUUAUUAUAAUUCAGCCACUUCAGACGUUUAAACCAGCAACUUCUUAUUUUUUAUUUUUUUUAAUAGCACUGUGCAGAUCAAGUGGGCGGGGCUACCAGAGUGAGACGAGAGAGUGAGACAGAAGCUCAAAGAAGGAACGGCAUCGGACAGAAUAUGAUCAUGUAUGUACAUAUUUAUAUAUAUGUACAUUUAUAUAUAUAUAUAUAUCUCUACUAUUUGCAGUUUACGGAGCUAAAGUUAACAGCCUUAGAUUUUAAUUUUCUUUUUUCAUGUAUUGUCUGAACGGUAAGCUGAAUUAUUUUUUGUGUGUGUUUUGAUACCUUGUACCAAGCACAGUAUUAUUAUUAUUAAAACUAGGUGAACUAAUAUUUUUUUAUUAAUUCCACUGUCGCUAUCGGGCUUCAUGUCGAUGAUGCAGCUUUUUGACUGGAGGAAAACCUCGAGACCAGAAUUCAAACUACCCCGACUCGAGGAUUUUGGCUAUUUCUUUGUUUUUAAUUGUUUUUGUUUGUUUUAUUUCACAACUCUACACAGAAAUGCAAAGGAAUGCGACUCGGAGCUGCUGGUUGCCAUGUCAACAUAGGAAUGUAUGAACUAGGAUCAAUACUUAUUGAAUCAAUUAUUUUAAUUAUUAAAAAAGUGAAGCAUUGAAAUUACAAGUUUAUGCAGCAAAAAAAAGCUGCAAAAAAUAUAAAACCACUGGAUCCAAGGUCAAAUACCCAGCAUGCAUUUUAUUUUGAUUUUUUUACUGCCUUUUUGGCCCUGCCACAUUUCAUAAUUAUUCUUGUUUUUAUCUGAAGAGGAUGGUUUGUGUUCAGACUGGACUGUUUCUAUAUUCAACAUUUGAAAGUAUAUUCUAUUUUGUUGUACUCUUGUUUCAAAGUGUAUUAAAGUAGAUUUUACUGAUAUAAAAAAACAUU